GUGACAUGUCUAAGGAUGAAGGAAUGACCUUCAGGAGAGAGCUAGGGGAGCAGCCGGGUCCAGAGGUCUCCAGCGGUCAGCACCAUCACACACAGCUGGACUCCAUAUUUAAGCUUCUGGAGGAGGACAUCUUCACUUUUGUCCAGAAGGAGCUGAAGAAGUUCCAAAAGGUUCUGAGUACAGAUGAGCCAGAAGGUUUAGAUCCUGUGGAGGAUGAGGAUGAAGAGCAGAGGAGCUGCAGUGAGGCUGUUCUGAAGAUCACACUGAACUUCCUGAAGAGGAUGAAGCAGAAGGAGCUGGCUGAGCGUCUGUGGAGCAGGAGUUAUUCUGGAGUUUGUCAGCGUAAACUGAAGUCUGACCUGCAGCAGAAGUUUGAGUGUGUGUUUGAGGGCAUCGCUAAAGCAGGAAACUCCAGCCUUCUGAAUGAGAUCUACACAGAGCUCUACAUCACAGAGGGAGGGUCUUCAGAGGUCAACCAGGAACAUGAGGUCAGACACAUGGAAACAGCCUCCAGGACACCAGGCCCAGCAGAGACACCCAUCACAUGUGAAGACAUGUUUAAAGGCCCAGCUCACACACAUGGAGCCAUCAGAACAGUGCUGACAAAAGGAGUGGCUGGCAUCGGGAAAACAGUGCUCACUCAGAAGUUCAGUCUGGACUGGGCUAAAGGUGAAGCCAACCAGGACAUACAGCUGCUGUUCCCGUUCACUUUCAGAGCACUCAAUGUGCUGAAGGAGAGAAGAUUCAGCUUGGUGACACUUGUUCGUCACUUCUUUCGUCAAACACAAGCAGAACUCUGCAGCUUUGAACACCUCCAGGUGCUCUUCAUCUUUGACGGUCUGGACGAGUGCAGACCUCCUCUGGACUUCACCAAAACCGAGGCCCUGAGCGACCCCACAGAGUCCGCCUCAGUGCACGUGCUGCUGGUGAACCUCAUCAGGGGGAGUCUGCUUCCCUCCGCUCGCCUCUGGAUAACCACACGACCCGCAGCGGCCAAUCAGAUCCCUGCUGAGUGCAUCUCCAUGGUGACAGAGGUCAGAGGGUUCACUGACCCGCAGAAGGAGCAGUACUUCAGGAAGAGGUUCAGAGAUGAGGCCGACACAAUCAUCUCCCACAUCAAGACGUCCAGAAGCCUCCACAUCAUGUGCCACCUGCCGAUCUUCUGCUGGAUCACUGCCGCAGUCCUGGAGCAUGUGUUGAAAAGCAGAGAGAGAGGAGAGCUGCCCAAGACCCUGACUCAGAUGUACAUCCACUUCCUGGUGGUUCAGGCCAAAGUCAAGAACAUUAAGUAUGAAGAAAGAUCUGAGACAGACCCACACUGGAGUCCAGAGACCAGGAAGAUGGUGAAGUCUCUGACAAAACUGGCCUUUGAGCAGCUGCAGAAAGGAAACCUGAUCUUCUACGAGAGUGACCUGAGCGAGUGUGGGCUGGACGCUGCAGCGGCCUCAGUGUACUCCGGAGUGUUCACACAGGUCUUUAGAGAGGAGCCAGGCCUGUACCAGGACAAGGUCUACUGCUUCAUCUAUCUGAGUGUGCAGGAGUUUCUGGCUGCUCUUCACGUCCAUCAGACCUUCAUUAACACUGGGAUCAACCUGCUCUCAGAGAAACAAACAUCAUCAUGGACAAAUUUUUUUAGCAGCAAAUCAGAGCAGUUUUACCAGACAGCUGUGGACCAGGUCUUACAGAGUCCAUACGGACACCUGGACCUGCUUCUCCGCUUCCUCCUGGGUCUUUCACUGUCGACCAAUCAGAGCCUUCUACAAGGUCUGCUGACACAGACAGGAAGUAGCUCCCAGACCAAUCAGAAAACAGCUGAAUACAUCAAGAAGAAGCUGAGUGAGGAUGUGUCUGCAGAGAGGAGCCUCAACCUGCUCCACUGUCUGAAUGAACUGAAUGAUCGUUCUCUGGUGGAGCAGAUCCAACAGUUCCUGAGAUCAGGACGUCUGUCUGAAGGUGAACUGUCUCCUGCUCAGUGGUCAGCUCUGGCCUUCAUCUUACUGUCAUCAGAAGAAGAUCUGGACCAGUUUGAGCUGAAGAAAUACUCUGCUUCAGAGGAGUUUCUCCUGAGGCUGCUGCCAGUGGUCAAGGCCUCCACCAAAGCUCUACUGAGCAGCUGUAACCUGUCAGAGAGAAGCUGUGAAGCUCUGUCCUCAGUCCUCAGCUCCCAGUCCUCUAGUCUGACAGUCCUGGACCUCAGUCUCAACGACUUGAAGGACUCGGGGCUGAAGAUGUCGUGUGUUGGACUGAAGAGUCGUCACUGUAAACUGGAACAGCUCAGACUGUCAGGUUGUCUGCUCUCAGAGGAAGGCUGUGCUUCUCUGGCCUCAGCUCUGAGGUCCAACCCCUCCCAUCUGAUAGAACUGGACCUCAGCUACAACCAUCCAGGAGACACAGGAGUAAAGCUCCUGUGUGCUCUACAGGAGGACCCCCACUGCACACUGGACACUCUCAGGUAUGGACCUGUCCUCACACCGUGGCUCCUGUGAAGCAGGAACUGUAGUGUAAACCUAGUGUCAUAAAGAAU